CUGCCAUCUUUGAUUUUUUUGGGGACAGGCCGCGGCGCGAGCGGGGCCUCACUCAACCAGUAAAACGGUCUGGCACGAGAUAACGGAGCCACGGGACAACCGGGAAUACCGCGCGCCGGCUCCCGCAUCAAAGGCCGAGCACACGAGGACAGACGGGGGGCUAGAAGCGUCGGAGGACGCACAGAGCAACCAACCGCCCCCCCUCCUUUUUGCAUGUGGACAGCGGCUUGUUGGCAGCUAGCGACCAGAGCUAAACAGAGCUAGCCAGCUUUUGUAAUCCGCCGGCCAGACAGACAGUCGUUCACCUCCGACCAGGCCGAAACCGGAUUUUGAGUGGUGGACGCGAAACAUUGCAGAGGACAAGGGACACAGCGGCGGUGGCAGGAGGCUGGUUCUGGGGGCGAGGCCAAAGGACCAGACUCAAUGAGUUUCCAGCGAAAUGUCAGAGAAGUCAGGGCAGAGCACCAAGGCAAAGGAUGGCAAAACAAAGUAUGCAACCCUUAGCCUUUUCAACACCUACAAAGGCAAAUCUCUGGAGACCCAGAAAACUGCUGUGGCUGCCAGACAUGGCCUCCAGAGUUUGGGCAAAGUUGCUGUCAGCCGGCGCAUGCCCCCCCCAGCUAACCUGCCCAGCCUGAAGGCGGAGAACAAGGGAAACGACCCCAACGUCAACAUCGUCCCCAAAGACGGCAGCGGCUGGGCGUCCAGAACCGAGGCAGGAGAGGAGAGGCAGCAGGAAACGCCCCCACCCCAAAACAAACCAGCACCACUCCAGUCUCAAGAGCUUUCCACCGGGGUGAGCCGCUCCUGGGCAAACAACAAGCAGCCACAGCUUGAUGGAUCUCCUCGCGUAAGCACCCAGUUUCACCAAGAGUUUCCCAGCCUGCAGGCAGCUGGUGAAGCGGAGAAAGGCGACGAUCAAGAUGAAGAGCCCUAUGGACCAGGCCCAAGCCUCAGACCACAAAACGUCGGCAGUUGGCGUGAAGGCGGAGGCAGGAAUCUGAACAGUGCGUCCAGCCCCCCUGAGAUGGACGCCAAGCCUCAGGAGGAGGGCAGCACGAGCCUCGGUACCUCCACGCCCCCCGCGGAGGCUGAGGAACCCGGCCGAAACGCAGCAGGUGACGCUCAAAGGGAGAAAAGGGACGCCCGAGAGAGGUUCCCCCCCACCGCCGCUUCUCAGCCUAAACUCAACGGGGGGCAGCAGCCUCCUGCGGGGGUGCCAACCCACUUUGACCCGGCUUUCAGGAGCAUGAUGCCACCUUAUAUGUUCCAUGCCUACCCACAACUGUCGUUUGCCCCGGGACAGGGUAACUUCAGAUACCCUGUGCCACAAGAUGGGGGAAAGAUCCUCAGGGGUCCUCGUGCGGCCCGCCCCCAGCAGCCGCCGCCCCAGUCCUGGCUCCAAGACCCCGACAGACCCUCAAUCAUCAGCGCAACAGAACUGAAAGAACUCGACAAUUUGGACACCGAUGCCGAUGAAGGCUGGGCAGGAGCUCAGAUGGAGGUCGACUACACCGAGAAACUGAACUUCAGCGACGACGAGGAAAACCAAGCUGCUAAAGACAAAGGAGAAAACUGGGAGUGGAUGAGAGCUCGGACAUCGGACAAUCAAGAAGGCUGGAAGGAGGGACCUGAAGACCGUGGGGGCGCCAAGACCUCCUGGGCUGACAACGUUGAUCCCAGAGCGCCCUCACCUGGCAGUGUGGGGCAGUACAAUAAAUCAGCUGCUUCACAGGACUACCAGAGCGGCGCUCGAUCUGUCGGCAGCGGCGCUCCACGGGGGAACAAGCCACAGGCCGCCGUCGCACCAGGAGCCGACGAGGAUUCUGACGCUUGGCGACAGAAGCGAAAGAAGCAGUCCGAAGUCUCUGAGGCGGUAGAGCGAGCAAGACGGAGGAGAGAAGAAGAGGAGCGGCGCAUGGAGGAACAGAGGCUCGCUGCUUGCGCUGAGAAACUAAAGCGUUUAAAUGAAAAACACAGACAGGCCAACGAGGGCAAAGCGGCCGUUGGCGAUCAGACCACUAAUGAAGAAGCGGGAGCUGCUGGGGAGGAAGUCCUGUCUGCAUCUGCCCCUGCGUCCAGCCCUGUGCCAGCGGUCCCAGUCCCACAGCCAGAGCUCCCAGUUGUUCAAGCUGAGAGGGAGCGAAUGGAACAAGUGGAAACAAACGCUGAGGAAGAGCCUGAGCUGGUCCGUCAGGCCAGUCCCCCCAUCCAGAGACCUGUAGCUGUAGCCCCGGACCCUCCAGGCAAUGGAGAGACCUCUCUGGCUGAGGUCGGACCCUUGGUGCCGGAAAACCAGACCGAUCGGGCCGCAGCGCCUAUUCGGGACUAUUUCAACAUGGAGGACAACAGAGUGGAUGAGCCCCACCUGUCCCUGUCUCACAUGGAGCCUGCUGGAGGAGACGAAGUCUCCAUCGCUCCUCCACAGCUGGAAGGAGAGGCAGCUGCUGCUAUGCGUCCCUCUGUCAUCUCUGGCUACUCGAAACAGUUUCAAAAGUCUCUGCCUCCGCGUUUCCUCAGACAACAGGAGCAGAUGAAGCAGCAGCAAUGGCAACAGCAGCAGCAGCAAAGUGGAGGUACUGUGUCUCCGUCGGGUGGCAGCAGCGUUGCAGCUGCCCAGCAGCAGCACCGCUCCAUGUAUCAACCUAUGGGCCCCCACCACCAGCACUUGCCCUCCAUGGGGUUCGACCCCCGCUGGCUCAUGAUGCAGCCCUACAUGGACCCCCGCAUGAUGUCGGGACGCCCCCCUAUGGACAUCCCUGCAAACAUUCACCCUGGGCGAAUGCCUCAGAAGCAGAUUGUCCGCAGAGAACCAGGUGACAACUCCAGUUCCAGCUCCGAUUCAUUCGACCACCUGUCCCGACCGGUUCGAGACCACGGCUUCCCCUCUGACUCACGGAUGGUCUGGGGAUCGGACCCGUACCCUCAGUCAGAACCGUUGCCAUCUGUAACUCCUCCAAAAGGACGUGAAGAUGACAAGGAGCAACGGAUGGACUCUGGUUUGGAUCUGGACAGGGCUCUGCCAGCUAUUUACGCUCAGGAUCACGGUGCGGUGGACUCUCUAAAAAAUAAUUUCUUUCGGGACUCGGAUUCCCUGUCUGCGUUUACUCAGGGCCCAGAGGAUGUGCCGGGGCCUCUAGAAAGGGCGCCUGUAAGCUCGGCCUUUGACGCUGAUGAGCGAGGCCUGCCUAGUGGGGAGGAGGUGGAGGCCCUUGGUCACGCCAUGCUCCAGAGAAGUGUCUCUCAGGGUUCCAGCCACUCCAAUAAGCUGGAUGAGCCCAGGUUUGACGGGUUACCCCUAGCAACAAAAUCACUCGAGCUCCAGGACGCAGGGGACAAGGCCUCUGAUAAGCCCCAGAGCGAGCUCUACUCCCAGGCUGCCCUUACAAGCAACAGGGCGACUCCUCCAGCAGAUGCAUUACACAAACUGGAGAAGCUCCCUCUGCCAGCUCCCAGCAAGCAGAAAGCUGAGCUGCGUUGGGGCGGGAGAUCCGGCUCUGGUCGCAGAGACGGAUCGGGAGGAGAGAGACCCGUUCGCAGGUCGGGCCCCAUUAAAAAGCCCGUCCUGAGGGACAUGAAAGAAGAGCGGGAACAACGAGAGGAACGGGAGAAGCGUCACGAGAGAGGAGACAGAGGGGAUAAAAGCGAGCGGUCCAAAAAGGAUCAGUCGGCCAAAGCUCCGUCAGCAGCUGCAGUGGUGUCUGAAAGCUCUCGAGCUCAGGGCGAUGGGAAGAGGGAACCCGCCGAGGCAGACGAAGCCCCGGCGUCCCACCAUAGGGCCAGAGACUCGCAGCCUUCCUCGGGGGUUCCUACGUCUUCCUCCCAGGAGGAGAAAGCAGACAAACUCCCCAGUAACGACAAGCAACCAGAACCAAAACUACCCAGUCGGAAAGAGUCUCUUCUUCCUGCGCGUGCCUACAGAAGAGAGGAGAGGGAGAGGGAAAGGGAACGGGACAGAAACCGGGAACGGGACAAGGAGGCCGACAAGGAGAGAGAAUGGCCCAUUGACUCCAGUUUCAAAGGACGCGGGCGAGGGGAGUACUACUCCAGAGGACGGAGCUACAGAGGAACUUACAGCGGACGCAGCAGAGGGAGUCGUGGUCGUAGCCGGCCGGAGUACCCCUACCGAGAGCCGCGCUUGCGCUCUGAUUUGCCCUCCGCUGGAGGCGCCACUGCCUUUCGCAACAGGGAGGAAAGCGAAACGCGUAGCGAGAGCUCGGACUUUGAAGUCAUUCCGAAACGUAGGCGGCGGCGCGGUUCAGACACAGACUCUGAAAGUGAAGGCGGGAGGGAGUCAGCCAGCGACACCGGACCCUCCGACCGGGAGCCAAGCACUAAACCUAGCCGUCCGCUAAGAAGGGAUCUCCCUGGUGACGGGCGUUCAGGACCCCACAAGCUGAGCUUUGAGCCGCCUCACAUUGGUGAAAAGGGUGGGAUGAGAGGGGAUGACGACAGCCGGCCCAAACCGGGGUUUCUUCCCAAGGGGGAGCCUUCGCGGCGAGGAAGAGGAGGGUUAUAUAGCAGACGAGGUGGCACAAGAGAGCGUGGAGGUCCUCGCUCAGCCCCCCUCAGAAGGCCAGGACCCAGAGACUCUUCCUCUCAGUGGCCUUCCAAACCGAUGGAGACGUUCAGGCUGGAGGACGCAGAGUCCACAACAAGAUACAACAAUCCUCCUACUGACCGUCGACCCCCGAAGUUGGAGGGAAAGAAAUUUGGAGAGGUGGCUCCUCAGGGCAGCAGAGAACGGCCUCGUCGAUCUCGACCAGCCCGACCCCCGAGGCAGGACAAACCUCCUCGCUUCAGGCGCUUGAAAGAGCGGGAGGCCGGUGUGUUGGGUACCGGCGAUCCUGCUACAAGUCCUUCUGCGACGUUGGCGUCUGUGCCCUCUUCAACCACCCAAAGUUCUGCUCCCGCUCCGGCGUCGCUCUCUCCAACGAUGUCCAGAGCUCCAGGGACUCCUCUUACUGUGCCUGCAGAGGUGGCAGCCACCACAUCUGCACAUGACCAAAAGUCUCCUGCCGAAGCCUCCCGGCCUGAGGCCAGCAGCCCCACCAUCACCGCAGUGGGCAGCAAGUCCCCCGACCUAUCCAACCAGAACUCCUCAGAUCAAGCCAAUGAGGAGUGGGAGACCGCUUCCGAGAGCAGCGACUUCAACGAAAGGAGAGAACGGGAAGAGAGGAAAGGAGCGCUGGAGGCUGCCAACGAGGCAACCACCGCCUCUGCCCCCGCACCCACUCUCUCUCAGGGCACAUUGACGCCCAAUAAGAGUCCGCCGGAUGGAGGUGUGACUCCGAAGCGAGAGGGGUCCCAGGCUGCCAAGAGGAGCUUCUCAAGUCAGAGGCCCACGGAGAGGCAGAACCGCAGAGGCAACAGCGGCGCCAAACCAGGCCGGAGUUACGCAGGAGGCAAGGGGGAGAGGAGAGGCGGCGGCAAGGCUGGCCGCAAAGGCCCUCCAGCCCAGCAGAACUCCGAAGCAUCAGCCCCAACAUCUGGAGGAACCUCUCAGCGGCCUGCCAAAGAGCAGCCUGCACGACGCAAGGAUGAGGCCAAACAGACCGCCAAGAAACCAAAGGAGAACGCGCUUUCCCAGUUCGACCUCAACAAUUAUGCAAGUGUUGUGAUUAUUGAUGACCAUCCUGAGGUGACCACCACAGAGGAUCCACAGUCCAGUGCCAACGACGAUGGUUUCACCGAGGUCGUUUCCCGCAAGCAGCAGAAACGGUUGCAGGACGAAGAGAAACGCAAAAAGGAGGAGCAGACAUCUCAAAACUGGGGUAAGAAAGGCGAGAAGAGCAGAGGAAGCGGAGGAAAGCUGCCACCAAGAUUUGCCAAAAAGCAGUCGACCCAGCAGCAGCAGCAGCAGCAUCAUCCUCAGCAGCCGUCACAGCAACAAGCGGCGCAACCUCAGCCUCCUGCAGCCUCGGCGGCCUCUGCCCAGCAGCAGCCGGCUGCUUCUGCUGCACAGCAUCCCCACCACGCUCCCUCACAACCUGCUGCUUCUCCUCAAACUCUGGACGGACCGCCAGCUCCUCUGCCCUCCAUCUCCACGGCGACUGUGGAGUUCGCCUCAAAGAGCCUCCCCCCUGCGCCUGCACAGUCGCACAGCGCACUCGGUACAGAACUGUGGGAGAACAAGGCGGCAGGCUCCACUGUCCUUACUGAUGUCAAGAAACUCGGUCCCAUCAGCCCCCCACAGCCACCCUCUGUGAGCGCUUGGAACAAACCUCUAACCUCCUUUACAGGCACUGUGUCGUCUGAGGGCGGGAAGCCUGGCACUGACUGCAGCGUGGAGUUGGGCAUAGACAGUAUUCAGUUUGGCGCCCCGUCGUCUGCAGGAAGCACCGACAGUGACGGAGGGCCGGCGCUGUUGGAGACGGUCUCCGAAAGCAAACUACCUGCUCCCAAAGAACAAAGACAAAAACAACCUCGAACCGGUCCAAUCAAAACCCAAAAGCUGCCCGAGAUGGAGCCAGUAGAACCCAAGGAGUACAAGCCGGGUCCAAUCGGUAAAGAGCGCUCUCUGAAGAACCGCAAGGCCAAAGACGCACGUGGAGCCGAGGCCGAAGGGAUGGAAGGAGGAGUGACUGGAGGAGGGGUCAGCAGAGCCACAGACUCCAGUCCUCCCACCAGUGACACCACAGUGCCAGAACUGGGAGGGGACAUUGAGGGUAUGAUCACGGUCCCCUCAGCAGAGUACACUAGCAACUCUAAGGAGUCUGUCACAGACUACACCGCCCCCUCUUCUUCUCUGGCUGACAGCGUUCCCACAGGAGGCAACAAAAUGGAGGAGAGCUUAGUGGCUAAUGUGGCUCUCCCCCACUCACUGCCCCUUCCACGCAGAGAGACCCUCCAACAGAGCUCCAGCCUCAGCACAGUUUCUCCUGCUACUGUUGACCUAACACUAAAGAUGGAGUCGGCUCGGAAAGCUUGGGAAAACUCCCCGAGUUUGGAGAAAAGCUCCCCAGUCACCUCCUCUUCCUCGCCCAUCACUUCCUGCGCUUCCUCGUACUCGUCUUUCUCCUCAGCCUCCAUGCCCCAGAUCCCUGUGGCUUCUGUUACCCCCAGCACCUCACUGUCGGCAGCUUCUGGUACCUACACCACGUCAUCUCUCAGCACGAAGACCACCUCAGCCUCCGACCCCCCCAACAUCUGCAAGGUGAAGCCGCAGCAGCUGCAGGGCGGGAGCCUGUCCUCCUCCACCAGCUGCAGCAGUAGCAGCAGCUUCUCCCAGCUCGGCUGCGUGCCCCCCCUCCUGCCUCAGCAGCAGCAGACGCCGCAGGUGUACGUCUCCCAGGCUGCAGCAGGCUCUGCAGCUCAGAUUCCAGCCUUCUACAUGGACACCAGCCACCUCUUCAGCAACCCGCACCCCCGCCUGGCGGCGCCUUCGCUGGCUCAGCAGCAGGGCUUUCAGCCCGGCCUCUCGCAGCCAACAGCGGUGCAGCAGAUUCCCAUUCCCAUCUACGCUCCCCUGCAAGGCCAGCCUCAGCACCAACACACCCACCAGGCUCAGCUCGGACUCGGCACCGGUCCUCCGGUUUCCCAGCCGCAGGACCUGUUCAGCUCUUCGCUUCAGCCCUACAGGUCGCAGCAGGCGUUCAUGCAGGGCAACCUGUCGCAGCCGUCUAUGAUGGUCUCCGGCCCGUCCCUGCACAGCUACCCCGGAGUGCAAGCUCCCGAACUGGGCAAGCCUCAGUCCAGUCUAGCCUACCAGCAGCACUCCUCCGCCCAGCACAUUCCCAUUCUGUUUGAGCCGCAGCUCAACCAGGCCUCAGGGAUGGGAGGCUCCCAGCUCAUCGACACGCACCUGCUGCAGGCUCGACAGGGCAUGAAUCAACAUUCGAACAUGUACUCGGGGCAGGUGCAGCAGCACGGUCAGAGUAGCUACUAUAGCAACACUCAGUCUCCCAGCUCUGCAAUGCAGCAGGUGACCGUCCCUCUGCCGGGCUCCCAGUUGUCUCUGCCUAACUUUGGGUCGGGGGGAGGUCAGCCACUGCUGGCUCUGCCCCCCACUCCUCCUCAACCCCAGCCUCCCAACAUCAACCGGCAGCCCCCCAUUUCUCAGCCCUACCGAGGCAUCAUGGGUCCCAACCAUAACAUGAUGCAGCCUCCGACCAGCAAGAUGGACAUGGAUCUCAAACUGUUUGGCAGCGGGAUGGACGUGAAGCCUGGAACUCCUCCGGUCAGUGGCCGGAGCACCACACCCACCUCCAGUCCUUACAGGGCCAGCUCCACUUCUCCCAGUAGCCAGUCCAGUAAGAUGAACAGCAUGCUGUACCAGAAGCAGUUCCCGCCCAGCUCUGCAGGCAUGAGAAUGACUCAGCAUUUCCCUGGCCAGUUCAACCCACAGAUUCUGUCUCAGCCCAGCAUCGUGUCUCCUCUGGUCCGCCCUCCUCACGCCAACUCCUUCGGUGGAGGCGUUCAGCGCUCUCCCAUGGGUCCCCCCAUUCCCCCCAACGUCAGCGGGGGCCUCAUGCCCCACCCGCGGCCUCAGCACCCGCAGCACAGUCAGCACCCUCCUCGAGGGCCCCCCGGUUCUUCCCUUCCACCUAGAGGCACACAGGCGGCUCUGAAGGCCGAGCAGGACCUGAAGGCAAAGCAGCGAGCCGAGGUUCUUCAGUCCACUCAUAAGUUCUUCUCAGAGCAGCAACAGCAGCAACUGAAGGCGCCUCCGGUCAGCAAGCCUCGGCUCGAUCAGGGCGGAAAGGCUCCGCUCGACCCUGCGGCCUCAAACCACCAGGCCGGCGGGGAACGGCCGGACGCAGACAAGCCCCCCGUCUCCACGGCCAAGCCCAUCCGAACUGGCCCCAUUAAACCGCAAGCCAUCAAACCAGAAGAGGGCAAAUAAAGAGACGACCGAACAUCUAGAUGGAAGAGAGACUCGACCCCCCCACCACCACCAUUUCCGCAAUCACAGCCUCAUAUCAGCCCUGGAGGACGGUGUGGGGGAUGAGGACGAACCGGUUGGCGUCACGAACAGGAAGCACUGUCAUAUACGAGUGUAAUCCUCUUCCUCCUCUUUCUCUCUCUCUCCCUGCCUCGCCUUGCUGCAGGUGGGGCGACUUUCAUCACACUUAGAUGCUGAUAAAAUUGCUGCUCAAGUUGUUCCAUAGAAAUCCACCAUCUGACUGAGAGUUAGAGAGAAAUCUGAGAAUUGCUGCUGAGUUAGCCGUUUUUAUAGCUAAUUUUAGUUCUUCUUUCCCCCCCAACCCACCUAAUAGCUUGAGACGUAUUAUUGGAGAAACAUGUUUUUGUUUACAAAAGAAUAAAUAAAUCAAAUUUGUUUUCUUAA